AUGCCGGAGGCUGCUUUCACCACAGACAGCAUGAGCGCUGCCAUCUUGUUCCUGCUCCUGGCUCUCGCCUGUGUGUUCCUGGUGCUCAGUUCAAGGGGCAAAGGCCGGCUGCCCCCAGGCCCUAGGCCUCUCCCACUCCUGGGAAACCUGCUGCAGCUUCGCUCCCAAGAUAUGCUGACCUCUCUCACCAAGCUGAGCAAGGUGUACGGCUCGGUGUACACAGUGUACCUGGGGCCCAGGCGCGUAGUGGUCCUUAGCGGGUACCAGGCCGUGAAGGAGGCUCUUGUGGACCAAGGGGACGAUUUUAGUGGCCGUGGCGACUACCCCACCUUUUUCAACUUCACUAAGGGCAAUGGCCUCGCCUUCUCCAAUGGGGACCGGUGGAAGGCCCUGAGGAGGUUCUCUAUCCAGAUUCUGCGGAACUUCGGGAUGGGCAAGAAGAGCAUCGAGGAGCGGAUCCUGGAGGAAGGCAGCUUCCUGCUGGCGGAGCUACAGAAAACUGAAGGCAAGCCCUUCGACCCCACGUUUGUGCUCAGCCGCUCGGUGUCGAACAUUAUCUGCUCGGUGCUCUUCGGCAGCCGCUUCGACUACGACGAUGAACGUCUGCUCACCAUUGUCCACCUUAUCAAUGACAACUUCCAAAUCAUGAGCACCCCCUGGGGAGAGCUGUACAACGUCUUUCCGAGCGUCCUGGACUGGUUACCUGGGCCGCACCGACGCCUUUUCCGGAACUUCGGGUGCAUGAAGGACCUCAUCGCCCGCAGCGUCCGCGACCACCAGGACUCCCUCGACCCCAGCGCUCCCCGCGACUUCAUCGACUGCUUCCUCAACAAGAUGGCACAAGAGAAGCAGGACCCGCACAGCCACUUCUACAUGGAUACCCUGCUGAUGACCACGCACAACCUGCUCUUUGGGGGCACCGAGACGGUGGGCACCACGCUGCGCCACGCCUUCCUUGUGCUCAUGAAGUACCCAAAAGUGCAAGCCCGCGUACAGGAGGAGAUCGACAGCGUUGUGGGACGCGCGCGGCUGCCGGCGCUGGACGACCGAGCGGCCAUGCCUUAUACAGAUGCGGUGAUCCACGAGGUGCAGCGCUUCGCAGACGUCAUCCCCAUGAACUUGCCGCACCGCGUCACUCGGGACACAGCCUUCCGGGGCUUCCUGAUACCCAAGGGCACGGAUAUCAUCACCCUCCUUAAUACAGUCCACUAUGACCCCAGCCAGUUCCUGACACCCCAGGAAUUCAACCCUGAGCAUUUUCUCGAUGCCAAUCAGUCCUUCAAGAAGAGCCCUGCCUUCAUGCCCUUCUCAGCCGGUCGCCGAGUGUGCCUGGGCGAGUCGCUGGCGCGCAUGGAGCUCUUCCUCUACCUCACCGCCAUCCUGCAGAACUUCUCGCUGCAGCCGCUGGGGGCGCCCGAGGACAUCGACCUGACCCCGCUCAGCUCCGGGCUCGGCAACAUCCCGCGGCCUUUCCAGCUGUGCCUGCGCGCGCGCUGACUUCGCCGCCCUUCUGGAAGGAGCCAGGAGGCCCGCCGCGGGGCGGGCCCCGUCCUCUUCUCGUUCCGCUGUGCCCCCGAUGCCUCUCGCUGCCACACUUGCUUCCUCGCACCCGAGCCCGCCGCUUACGCAUCCCUCCAUCCCCUCCAUCUCGACCUGGUCUGGCGCGCGCCCCCCAGAAGCAGAGAAACGCGAAGGCAAGGGGAAGUGCCUGCCUCGUUCAUAUUGCGCGCCCUCUUGGGGGCUGUUUGUGUCAUUUUCUAGUAAAUUAUAAAAGAUUCAAA